AUGCGUGGGAAUACCGCCUCCCGAGAUCUUGUCGAGGAUUUGGAUCACUGGCACGGAGUUCUGGAUGCCCGGAAACGCAAACAGAUCCAGGACAGGCUGGCGCAAAGAGCACGUCGGAAGAGGCUCGCAACUUUGAAAAACAAUCCAGCAACUAGCAACAGCAAAUCCGGCCACCAUUGUCCCCGACCACUUCUACCACGCGGCGCUGACACGAACGGCGGCGAGGAUUCUUGCUCGAAAGAGAUAGUAUCAUCAACUCCAUAUGCUGGGCAGGAGUCAAAGCUUACUUUACUCCUUAAAACACCCGGGUCAGCGAAGAACAAUGAGCUCAUGCUAUCUCUUGGAUCAACCAACCUCACACACAAUACGAGUACUCUUUCAACGGGUGACCCAGGGCCAGCAUUCACAUUCACUUCAACUCCAUCCUGGUCUACAAUAGGCCCAGAUAAUCGGUAUCUUUCGCUUCCCAAUAUCUCAGUAUAUGCAGCGAUGUUCAACAAUGGCUGCAUAUUAGGCAUUGUAUGUGGCCAUCACGUUCCCUCCAAAACUGGACUUCAAACAUCGAUCACACCGUUCUCGCUACAUCCGACGUCGGUCCAGGCAACUGUAGUGCAUUCACAAUUUAUUGAUCAGUUCCCAUUUCCACGCAUGCGCGAUAAUCUCAUCACUCUGAGUCUCAAUGGGCUUAUAGAUGAAGAAAUUUUCAUGGCCGACUUGUUCACCACCGACAGCUUCAUGGUGAAGCCUGAGGGGGUAAGUUGGGACGCUGCAUCAUGGAGCAUUAGUCCAUCUUUUAAGGCCAAAUGGGGCUUUUUGUUCAACUAG